AUGUUUUACAAGGGAAUAUAUCAUUUAUUCUACCAAUACAACCCUAAAGGUUCUGUAUGGGGUAACAUAGUGUGGGCCCACUCAGUAUCUGAAGACCUAAUCAACUGGACCCCACUAGAACCCGCAAUCGAACCAUCGAAGCCUUUUGAUCAAUUCGGUUGUUGGUCUGGGUCUGCCACCGUCCUUCCCGGUGACAAACCGGUCAUUUUAUACACCGGAAUAACCGCCGAGCAGCCCGAACCCGGUUAUCAAGUCCAAAACUAUGCAAUACCCGAAGACUCUUCGGAUCCAUACCUAAGAAAAUGGAUCAAACCCGAUGAUAAUCCAAUCAUAAAACCAACUCAAGAGAAUGCCUCAGCAUUUCGUGACCCCACAACCGCUUGGAUGCUCAAUGGUCAAUGGGAAAUAACUGUAGGUAGUAAGCGGGAUAUGGUAGGUGUAUCAUAUUUAUACAGAAGCCCGGAUUUUAUAAACUGGACCCUUGUUGAUCACCCUUUGCACGAGACAGAAAAUGUCGGUAUGUUUGAAUGUCCUGAUUUCUACCCGGUAUCGAUUACGGGAGAGAGCGGGUUGGAUACUACAGUAAUCGAAGGUGAAAUCAAACAUGUUUUUAAGGUUAGCCUUGAUAUGACUAGGUAUGAUUACUACACGAUUGGAAAAUACGAUAUUGAACAAGAUAUAUACAUCCCGGAUGAAGGAAUGAUUGAUAGUUGGGCUGGUUUAAGAUACGAUUGGGGGAAUUUUUAUGCUUCUAAGUCAUUUUUUGACCCUCCGAAGAACCGUAGGGUUAUUUGGGGUUGGGCUAAUGAGUCUAGUACUAUAAAUGAAUAUGUCAAGAAAGGAUGGGCUGGAAUCCAGUGUAUUCCACGAAUCGUUUGGUUAGAUCCAUCUGGAAAGCAAUUGCUAUUAUGGCCGGUUGCUGAAUUGGAAACUCUAAGAGAUGUGAAUGUGCAACUAAGCAACGUGGAGCUCAAUCAGGGCGAUAAAGUUGAAGUUGAAGGAAUCACCGCUGCCCAGGCGGAUGUGGAUGUGGUUUUUACGUUCCCAAGUUUGGAUAAAGCAGAGGCGUAUGAUAAUGCAUGGGACGAAACAUACCCACCGGAAACUCUUGCGGAAAAUAUAUGUGAAGUCAUGGGUACAACCAAACAAGGUGGGCUAGGGCCGUUUGGUCUUUUAACAUUGACAUCAAAUGGUUCCGAAGAAUACACACCCGUGUUUUUUAGGGUUUUCAACACUCCUAACACCAACCGUAGAGUUCUCAUGUGCUCCGAUGCUAUGCCGUCAACAUUGAACGAACAAGAGUAUAGACCAUCUUUUGGGGGGUUUGUGGAUUUAGAUUUAGCUGACAACAAGAUCUCGCUUAGGAGUUUGAUUGAUCAUUCGGUUGUGGAAAGCUUUGCUGCAGGGGGUAAAACGGUCAUAACAUCUAGGGUUUAUCCGACAUUGGCAAUUAACGAGAAUGCACAUUUGCAUGUAUUUAACAAUGGAACAGAGAUUGUCACCAUUGAGAGACUCGAUGCUUGGUCCAUGAAGAAUCCUAUGAUGAACUAA